UGGGUGCCGGCGGUGAUUCCCCGCUCAGCCCCGGCGUGUUCCCCCCCUGCUCUGGCUGUUCCCGGGGUGUUCCCGGGGUGUUCCCGGGGUGUUGCCGGGCAGCCCCCGCCGCGCCUCGGGGCCGCCAUGCCGGUGGCGGCCGCCGCCCCCCUGAUCAGCUCCGUGCAGAAGCUGGUGCUGUACGAGACCAGGGCUCGGUAUUUCCUAGUUGGAAGUAAUCCUGCAGAAACCAAAUACCGUGUUUUGAAAAUAGAUCGCACUGAACCAAAGGAUUUGGUUAUAAUUGAUGACAAGCAUGUUUAUACACAACAAGAGGUGAGAGAACUUCUCGGUCGCUUAGACCUGGGAAACAGAACAAAGAUGGGGCAGAAGGGCUCUUCUGGGUUGUCUCGAGCUGUCUCUGCUUUUGGUAUAGUAGGCUUUGUCAGGUUUUUAGAAGGCUACUACAUUGUGUUAAUAACAAAAAGAAGAAAAAUGGCAGAUAUUGGAGGACAUGCAAUAUAUAAAAUAGAAGACACAAAUAUGAUCUAUAUUCCAAAUGACUCUGUAAGAGUAAGUCAUCCUGAUGAGGCCAGGUAUCUGAGAAUCUUUCAAAAUGUGGACCUUUCUAGCAACUUCUAUUUUAGUUACAGCUAUGAUCUGUCUCACUCCCUUCAGUAUAAUCUUACUGUCCUGAGAAUGCCACUUGAGACAUUAAAAACUGAAACAACCCAGACCCGGCAAGAGAGUUUUGAUAUAUUUGAAGAUGAAGGACUCUCAACACAGGGGGGAAGUGGUGUCUUUGGGAUUUGCAGUAAGCCUUAUGAAAAGUACGUGUGGAAUGCCAAGCUUCUGGAAGCAGUAAGAACUGCUGUUCAUCGUGACUGGCUGCUGUAUAUUAUUCAUGGAUUCUGUGGGCAAUCAAAACUGUUAAUAUACGGCCGCCCUAUAUAUGUCACUCUGAUAGCCAGAAGAUCAAGCAAAUUUGCUGGAACACGUUUUCUGAAACGAGGAGCAAACUGUGAGGGAGAUGUUGCUAAUGAAGUGGAAACUGAACAAAUACUUUAUGAUGCUUCAGUUAUGUCAUUUUCUGCGGGGAGUUAUUCUUCCUAUGUUCAGGUUCGAGGGUCUGUCCCUCUGUACUGGUCUCAAGAUAUUUCAACUAUGAUGCCUAAGCCACCCAUAACACUGGACCAAGCUGAUCCUUAUGCACACGUUGCUGCUCUUCACUUUGACCAAAUGCUUCAGAGAUUUGGCUCUCCCAUUAUUAUAUUGAAUCUUGUGAAGGAACGUGAAAAAAGAAAACAUGAAAGGAUUCUCAGUGAAGAACUUGUUGCUGCUGUGACAUAUCUCAACCAGUUCUUACCCCCAGAGCAUGCAAUUAUAUAUAUACCCUGGGAUAUGGCCAAAUACACUAAAAGCAAACUUUGCAAUGUCCUUGACAGACUGAAUGUGAUUGCAGAAAGUGUAGUAAAGAAGACUGGAUUUUUUGUAAAUCGACCUGAUUCCUACUGCAGUAUCUUGCGUCCAGAUGAAAAGUGGAAUGAACUGGGAGGUUGUGUUGUUUCCACUGGUCGCUUGCAGACUGGAGUCCUUCGAACCAACUGUGUGGACUGUUUAGAUCGUACGAACACAGCACAGUUUAUGGUGGGGAAAUGUGCUUUGGCCUACCAGUUGUAUUCAUUGGGAUUGAUUGAUAAACCUAAUUUACAAUUUGAUACAGAUGCUGUAAGAUUGUUUGAAGAAUUAUAUGAAGAUCAUGGGGACACACUUUCCCUGCAGUAUGGAGGCUCUCAGCUUGUCCACAGAGUAAAAACAUAUAGAAAGAUCGCUCCAUGGACUCAGCAUUCCAAAGAUAUUAUGCAAACGCUCUCAAGAUAUUAUAGUAAUGCUUUCUCAGAUGCGGACAGGCAAGAUUCUAUCAAUCUCUUUCUGGGAGUGUUCAAGCCUGCAGAAGGAAAGCCACAUCUCUGGGAACUUCCCACUGAUUUUUAUUUGCAUCACAAGAACACCCUCAGUCUGUCACAGACCAGGCCAAGCUAUACUUACUGGUGGACCACAGGUGUGCUAAAGCAUUUACCUCUUCCUUUUGAUGAAGUGACAUGUGCUGAAAACAGACGCAAGUUGACAGUGAAGAAAUUCCACAAAUACGAAGAGGAAAUUGAUAUCCACAAUGAGUUUUUUAGACCAUAUGAGUUGAGCAGUUUUGAUGAGACCUUCUGCUUGGCAAUGACCAAUUCUACACGAGAUUUUAUGCCUAAGAAUGUGGGAAUUGAUCCAAGUCCGUUUACUGUUCGUAAACCUGAUGAAACUGGAAAAUCUGUGUUGGGGAACAAAAAUAAUAGAGAAGAAGCUGUGCUGCAGCGCAAAACAGCUGCUAGUGCUCCUCCACCCCCAAGUGAGGAAGCAGUGUCAAGUAGUUCUGAAGAUGAUUCUGGGACAGAUAAAGAAGAUGAAGGCGCUGUUUCUCAACGUUCAACUCCAGUAAAGGUGACUGAUACAGGAGACAAUACAAAAAUCACAGAGAAUGUAGUGCAAUCGACAAAAGAUGUGUAUGGAGUCAAUCUUUCAGAUGUCCCUUCAGAAGAUGAUCUUGCAAUAUAUGCAAGGUUUGUUCAGCUGGGACAGAGUCAGUAUAAACAAGACAAGGGCAGCCAGCAAUUUUGUUCAAAAUGCCCCUUGGAUAAGGUCAUAAAUUUAAUACCUAUCUCCUCCUUUUCUCAAGACAAUAUUUACGAAGUCCAACCUCCAAGAGCUGAUUGGAAAUCAAUAGAGAUUUUCCAUGCGCACAUUCAGGCUGGAAGAGGAAACAUGCAGCCCCUGGGAAGAGAUGACUUCCUCAUGUACAGAGAGUACAUUCGAAACAGAUACAUGUAAACCCAAGCCAGAUUCUCCUGCCAAAUCUACUGUACUGAUAAGUCAAAAAAAAAUUUUAGAAAGGAAAUCUAGUUUUGAUUUUUUGCAGUAAUGAAUUUAUUACUACCUUUUCUAUUUAUUAUUCUGUUACCCAUUUAUUGUAUCGUGCUUUAAGGAAAAAGGUGGUUUCAUAUCUGAUUUUAAAGGUUAUUAAAUAUCUUUUUAGCUGGGAGUGUAUCCUAAGAGACUAAGUGAAUAAUCAGAGCACCCGGAGUCACUGGAGAGUAUGUAGCAAUUUGUGGCAAAGAAAAUAAGGCAUCUUUAGUUUUUUAUAAUAAUUUCUUACAUUGUUAUAUUUGCUAAGAAAAACUGUAGUGAUUUGUACACAAGAAUCAGAAGAGAAUAGUUUUCCUCCUCUUACUUUCAUGACAGAAAACAAUCUUCUUUUACAGUAGAAUAUUUUCUGAUAUUUCUUGAGGUUUUUAGCAAAGUGAGUGCUGGAAUGACUGCUUGCAAUUUUCUGCUUUCUUGAGCAAAAGUGAAAAAUAUGUGGCUUAUGUCAAAAUCAAAAUUUGCAUCACCACUAAUAAACUUUGUAACCCUAAUAUGUGUCAAAACUAAUCUCAGUGGUGCUGGUAGCUACAGAAUCUGUGCCAUAUGCUGCAGGGUGAAGAUGGCUUGUGCCUAAUUAUCAUAGGUUUCUAGUAGGAGUCUGAGGAGAGCCCGAUAAUGAGUGCAUCUGCAAGUGAGGGAAUGCUCUUCACAUUACUGGGUUUGGACCCUAGAGAGUGCCAAACCAUUCUGUAUGACAGGCAUUAUCCUUUUGAAGCUUACUCUUCCCAUCCCUGGGUGUGUGCUUCUGUGAGAUGCCUUCAGGUUCAAGCCUAGAGCCUCCAGGGAUAGUGGUGUUGGUGAGUGACUGGAUCAGCUGGGGUGGUCAUGCAAGAGGAAGAAGUAGUUGGGUCAGGCAAGACUGAAUACCAUGUCCUGUGCUGGGUAAGAGGUAAAGAGGCAGCAGGUGUCUAAGUAGGUUCUUUUGGGCUUGUGAGUAGAACAUUUUUCAUAUUAAAAAAAAAAAAAAAAUUAGGAAGAGAGGAAGCCUACAAGCCUACUAUUUGCAAUUGCAAGCUAAAAUUCCCAACAUUUUGUAGCCCUUUACCUUGAAGAAUACUGACAGUAUCAGCAUCAGUCUUGACAAAACAUUUUGUUCCACAAGCUUGUACAGAUCAUGUUUCAGAAUUUUCUGGAGUAGUGGAAUGACUGUUUUAGGGAUGUAGCCAACUGCAUGUAACAGAUGUAGAGAACAUGUUUGUGUUCACAGCAAAUUGCUUUUCAGGCAGCUACUGUAGAUUUGUGGCUGCUUGCUGCAAACACGUUUGCAUAUCUUUGAAUAUUUUAUGCAGUAAGUUGCACCUCUGUCAGUAAUUUCAUAUAAGAAAAGGUGCAGUGGGUAAAGGGAAAAAAGGAUUCUUGUGAUUCUUGUCACAGGGAAGGACUCGCAUGCAGUCAAUAACAACGUGGUACCUUGAGCUACCAAAGCAUCUCUUUUGUUAAUUUUCAGCAACCAAUGAUGUUGCAAAAUUUAGGGAUAGUAAUAAUUUUACAGCUCUAGGAGAAAAUAUGUUCAACCCUCAGCUGAACAACUCAGACACUCCUCAAAGAAGAGGAUUAAAGGAGAUUGGUUUACAGUUCCAAGAGCUGAAUGACACCUCAGUGAUGGCUUCUGUGAUCUACCAUCAGCAUACUUGUAGCAGCUGUUCAGAAUCCUUCAGGGUGCCAAUGUCAACUUUCAAUAGGCUUGUUUAAAGAUAAAAAAAGGCCAACACACAAAGCAAGAUUCCCAUCUUAACCCAGUGUAAGCUCAACAGUCUGAGUGGACCUGCUGCCUAAUGCACAUAAAUGAUUAUUUAAAACAGAGCUACACUCAAUCACCCAUCUAACAAGUUCUGCUGCAUGAAGGACUCCCAAGGCACUGCCUGUGCAUCCACCUACUUUAUCCCAUUAUUGUGAUAAUAAAGUGCAGUUCUCGAGGGUGUUAGAAGUUCUCAAUAGAUGCAUAUAUUUCCCUUUCAGAAGCAGAAGGAAAAGUGUAUAAAAUAAGAAUAAACUUGAAAAGAGAAGGCUGUGUUGGCUCUGAAGAGUAACAUGGUGCUCUUUUCCACUCUUAAGUGCUAAUAAACACCUUUAACUUUAAACCAUAUGGAAAAAAGAAAUGUUUGAGAAAUAUGUUGAUUUUUCCCUCAAAAUAUGUUUAGUUUGUUUCAAUGUGUUUAAGGGUUACAUUGCGGUGGAAUCUCAAAAUGUACGCCUGGAAAAUAAUGACUUCAGGUUCUUUUCGUGUGGAAUCAGGAAGCACAAAUACCGAAUUAGGACUGAUUUGGUCGUUUCUGUGCCACUUCUGCGCCAAUGGAUUUUUAUGUCAGUCCAACAGCUUAAGCUUUGUGCUGUGACUGCAGGAGCAGUUUUUUUCCACAAUUUUCACUGGUAGUUUCCCCUCCUUGCGAGUCUUAUGUCCACUUGGAAAACCCACUGACUUUUUGUUCUCUUCCUCUGAUUUUCCAGAGGGAGUCAUCUGUGAUCCUGGAAUAGGACUUUUCAAUGUUCACACAGCUGCCAGGGGGAAGAAGCAAAGGAGCUGUGUAUAAUUCUGGGGUGAUACGUGUGUCAGCUCUUUGUUUUGUUACUGACUUUCUGAGAUUUUUCUGCAUCAUCCAGGAAGGUUCUCUGGCCUUUCAGAGACUUGGGCCAGCCUUCACUUGUAUAAACUCCAAAGCAUAUGCCCUGUCAAAUGGUCAUGGUUUACAGUCAGAGGAAAUACCAACUUCACUCAGGAGAUCAUUUCAUUCUCCAAAGGGGGUACACCCUAUCAGUAAUUACAUGAACAAGUCCAGUUCUCUGAGGGUAAAACUGAGGUAUGUACACAGGAGUGUUCCAUUUGCUGGCAUAGUUUCAAUCCAAGUGAUUGCCUAGAGGCUGAUAGGGAAAAAUACAAUGUGCUUGACUUCCGAAUGCCUCCCUCUGUCUUGUAUAUAUUUAAAAACUUAAUUAAAGUUGUCACUUUUGGUGGUGAUUUAGAAGUAAUGUGAAACAAGUUACAAAAUAUUAAUAAUAAAAGAAAUAUAUUUAAAUUACAACCCUUGCAAAUAUUGAUAAUCAACUGUUCCUUUCUGGAGUACUUAAAUCAACCUGCUACAGAAAAAACCAUUGCAGCCGCUGAUCUGUCCACUGGAACCAGGCAAGAGAGUGCUGAGAAAAGGCAUGAAAAACAAUGUUUAGUGUUAUUAUUUAUUGCUCCCCCAGAAAGACAUGCUCUUUGCAUGACCCAGGGUUUGACUAGAACAUUUCUAUUCCUUUAUCUUUUGUUUAUUUCCCUUAUUUUUCUUCUGAUUUUGUAGUAGUGUAUUUGAUUUUUUUCAGCAUCUGUGGUUCAGAAUCCUUUUUCUCAUGUGACUGUGCCACAAGUUGUAGUUUUCCCACUAUAUCCAUCUCAUCCUUUUGGAGUUUUCACUUUUUGAAGCAAAACUCUGUAGUUCUAAUACACUGUCUUGCUUGUUUUAUUACCAAUGUAUUCUGAGUUGCCAUCAGUGAGAGAAUAUAACUUUUCUUGUUUGAUUUUCCACCUACUUCCCUGGAAAUACAAUGUGGAUUAUAUAAAGAGGAGAAAAUAGAAAGAGAAGCUAAAGAAAGUGGUAAGAUUUUGACUCUCAAUCAAACUUAAACCUUUCAUGGAGACAUUCUAUGCAGACCAGAACUCCCAUAAUAACUUCUCCCAUAAUAAAAUUAAAUAUCCUGUGCCACCCUCUUCCUGGGUUUUCCCCAGAUCAGACUAUUGGAUAAUUGACUCAGGUGCUCACAAGUCUAAGCUAUGAAACCUGAUGCUCGAUUUAAGGUUCUACACUAUCUUUUGAGGGAUUUUUAAAUUUUUCUCUUCCACAGCUUGCAGGGAUAUUUCAUAGGCUCAUGACCUCCCUUCUUAGUAAGAGAGGGACCACUCAGUAAAACCUUUCCUGAGAGAGGCAGGAUUUUAAGGAAGAAUUACAGCAAUUACCUGGUAGAAAAUCCUUUUCCGCAGAUGCUCUGAUAACCUUCCUAGUGAGUCCUAAGGGAGAUUUUUAGGUAUUUUUCCUUCAGAUCUCUCUUCUUUCCACAUAAAUCACAGUCCUUUAUAGUGGGCUUAAUACCUGGGGUGAGCAAGAGCUGAAAUGCAUCUCAGUGAGGCAAGGGAAAAGGGCAAAUAAGGGAAGAGCUGGAGCUGUGUGGGUGAAAAGAGAGGGUUGGGCACCAGUGAGGUGUAUUUGAAUAAGCAAACUGAUGCACAGGGAAGAGUGGAGUGGCAGGGAGGCUGCAAUUUAGUUGCUAGGAACUGCAGGAGAGCUGUGCACCUGGGCACACACGCAGCACUGGCUCUCACGUUGCCGGCCGGAUGGGCAGGCUGAGGGUGCUCAGAGAGUCACAGAGCCCAGCUCAGUGUGUGAGCAUGGUCCAACACGCUCAGGGACACGUGGAGCAAAAGGCUUGUGCUGCUGUGGCAGGGAGCAGGCUGGGUCACAGCACGUGGAAAACAAGCAGCAAGCCUGCCAUUGAGACAUGCCCCAUAUCCACAUGAACCCUGAUGGGAGUCACAGCAGUCAUUUGGAAGACACAUGUGCCAAGCCUGAUUGGAGUUUCCAAAGGUCACAUUUCUCAUUCUCUGUGUACCAGGAUUCUCAUUAACAAGUGUCUCCAGCUGGCCCUGUGCAGUGUCCUCAGGACAUGCUGUUGUAACAAAGCUGUGGACACAGGGCUUCCCCCAAGGCUUCAGUCUCAUCUCACUGCUCUCCAUUUCUGGAGUGUUGUAGGAGAGGGGGCUGUGUCCUGGACACACUACAUAGGGGAUCCGAUUUUGACCUAGCGGGCACGUUCUGCUAAGUGUUGCACAAAACCUAUAGAGCAGCUUUCUGGAGGUGCAGGCUGGUUUGUAGCACCAUCUGAUUGAAUUCCCCCGUACCUGGUGACAGUGGCAUCAAAGCCAGGUAGGCUAUAAACAGAGAGGAGGGCUUCCAGAGGUGAGUCAGAUCACAUCUCUUGGGGGAUGAGAAGUUACCCCUCUCCGGAGUUUAUUUCUCCCCAUUGUGCCUCCUUGGAGGAACAUGCAAAAAUGGCUUAACCAAAACACCUGCACUUAAAAAACUAAAAUUAGAUGAGUCCCUCGGUAGCCUAUGACAGAGCUGUGAGAUAAGUAAACAACUACAUUAUAGGGUCCCUUACAAAAGGAUUUUGUGGCUUUAACCUCUGUCUCAUCCAGUCCAGAAACAGCUAGGUACUCUUCUGGUACAGUGCUUCUCUAAAAUAAGGAUGUGUCCCACCUCAGGGCAACCCUGUGUUGUCAGGGGUAGAUGGGACUUCUACCACCACCAGGUCAGAGAACAGGCUGCUCAGGGUUAGAGAAGCUCAUCAAUCAUCACUGGCUUCGAACAAAACAGGAUUUUGUCUGUCUCCAUUGCUGAUGGUUCACGGUGACCUCUCUACCCAUGUCAGGAGCCUCAUGCAGGGACUCCCCUGGGACUCACAAAGCUUAGCUCUGCUUCUCCUCUGCCUGCUGACAGCAUGUUCUCCAUCUGCUGCCUUGGCUUGAAUCUCUGACGAACAUUAUGUUAUGGAAUGGCUUCUCCAGUAACAUUUAUACCAUUAGAGACUCCACAGAAUUAUCCACUUCCCACUCAAUAAAUGCUUUCCCUUCAAAAUGCUGGUUUUGGAGAGUGUUUGCUCUGCAGCCUGCUGAGCAAAAGCCAUAUGGGGAAGUUUCUGAGAGAGCUUCACUCUGCCUGAAGCUCAGGAAAGUGUCAUUCACCUGAACAUGAGUUAUCUGCCUUUUUAAUCAGAAGUAACUGGUCACAAUUAGGAAUCUUGACUUAUCUGCCAUAUGAAUACCUCCUGAACCUCAUCUAUCUCAUAUAUCCUGCUUUACUGACUGUUCCCCAGAUCACUGAAUCUGUUGGUCUGUUUUAAUCAUUAACACUCAUCUCCUCCAUUUAUUAGAUGUUGGUGAAUUAUUAUACUCCCAUUUCUUAAAUGCAAAGCAUACAGUGGUAACACAAAUACGGCAUUGAUCAGUUGUUUUUGCAGAUGUCCCCUUUGGAUUUCUUUUCUUAUAACUUGGAUACACUUAGGGUUUUUUGCCUGCUUUCAUUCUGUGUAUCCUUGCCAUUAUUGAUUUUAUUGAUCUUUCUGCACAUCUUCAAUAUCGUGGGUCUGAGCACAGGGCCACAAUUCCUGCUCUGAGCAAUCACAAAACAUCUCUUCACCUUUCAGGCCUAUAGUUGCAAAUGUGAAAGCUGAAAAGUUUAGUCAAAGAUGUGUUUCUUGCUAAUUCUUCUUCUAGGCAUUAGUUUGUUCCUUCAUUGUUUUUUCUGGACUGCACAUUUGGGCUGAUUUGAAACUAGAUGUCUCUGAUUACACCCCCUGAUAUUUUCCUUCUUUUAGGGUUUCUUUUUUUUUUUUUUUUUUUUUCUUUUUUUUUUUUUAUUUUUUCUUUUUCAGUGAUUUGGCUAUUAGCUGUGACUGUUCAUAAAGCUAAAAUCCUUUCCAUGCUUUCAACAGGUUGUCACUGUGUGGUCCCAAAACAUCCUUCUAGGACCACUUCAUCACUUCCUUAUAAGAGGAGAGGCUAUUCUGAAAAACCCUGAGGAGACAUAAACACAAAGUAUCUCUUCCCCCGCUUUAUCAAAGGCUCAAAACCUCUCACGAUUGUCUCAGUCCUCUCCUAUUGUCCCCUGAAAUCUCUGACAGCUCUUCACCUCCAUGCACACGCAGACAGCCGCCUUGUCCUCUCCCACAGACGACGGAAAAACAUUCCCAGACCCCGCCUGCAUUCUCAGUGAUAGGAGCGAGUUCCAGGCUGAGCAUCUCUGCACUGCUGUGUGGCAGCACACAGGGACAGGCAGCAGACAAGGGCCAGCAUGUGUUUGGUCACAGCAGGAGGUGGGAAGCAUUUUGAAAGAGCAUCACUUUUCCCACAGAAUUCCCUGAAGCUGUACUGUUUUAUUUUCUGUUAGAGUGUAAGUUUUCCAGUGCAAAAUAAAAAUACCAUUAAAGCACUAUCAAUAUUAAAAAGUGUUCGGUACUGUAUGAUUUUUUUCAAAGGAACUGUUUGAGCUGAUUAUUACCUUAGUCUGUAAAUCCUCUGAAAAAUAUUUAUCCUCAGUGUAAGUGCUGUAACUCUGGGAAGGAUACACAUGCAUUCCUCAUAAGCAUAAGUGUUUUUCAGCUUCUAAUUAUGGAGCAAUCACAUAUAAAGAAAUUAAUGAGCUUUGAUAUUUGUGUGUAAUUAAUAUUUCUCUAUUUUUCCGUUCCUUUUUUGUUACUGAUUAAAAAAAGAAAAAAAUGCC